CGCCAGGCGCGCUCUGUUGGGCUUCGUUCGAAUGACUUGCCUGCCGUCGCACCGCCCAACCCGCGCGCUCGGCCAGUGCCAAUAAUUCUAUCAGCUGUUUCUAUUGCUUUAUCAAGUUUAUUCCUAAUUCCCUAAAUCGUAACAUUGUAAUAAACAGCAUACGAACAAUUUAUUUGAGCAAGUUUAUGCAUUAGCCAAAAACAUGCCAGGCGAAGGUAAUCUCGGUGAUGUAAAAUUUAUUUUAAGAAAUGGAGUCAAAAUGCCCGCUGUUGGAUUAGGAACAUAUCGUAUCCGUAACAGUGAAGUUCUAUAUAGGACAGUAGAUUAUGCUCUGGAGGCUGGAUAUCGUUUAUUUGAUACUGCAGCAGUUUAUCAAAAUGAACUAUUCUUGGGAUAUGCUCUGCGCAAGCUGUUGCCGAAACACGGUCUAACACGUGAAGAUGUAUUUAUUACAACUAAAUUAGCGCCAGCUGAUCUAGGAGGUCACCUUGCUGCAGAUGCAUUUAGAAAGUCCUCAGAUAAUAUAGGCUUGGACUAUAUAGAUUUGUAUCUGAUCCACUUCCCAGGUGCAGCAAAUAUAAAUGCACAAAAUCCGAAAAAUGCGGAAUUACGCGUUGAAACUUGGAAAGAAUUCAUCAAACUUUACGACCAAGGUAAAGCAAAAGCCAUCGGUGUGUCAAAUUUCACAAUAAGACAUUUAACGGAACUGAUUGAAGCUACCGACGUAGUACCUAUGGUGAACCAGAUUGAGUGGCACCCACACUAUCACCAAGACGACAUGCUACAAUUUUGCGAAAGUCAUAACAUACGAAUACAAGCGUAUUGCUCCUUCGGUGGACUAGCUGUAAGCAAUAAUACUCUAAUGGAAGAGAGUAUUGUGAGAGAAAUAUAUGGCAGAUACAAAGCGACUCCAGCGCAAGUGUUGCUGGCAUGGUCGUUACAACGAGGAGUAGCUGUUAUCCCCAAAUCCUUGACGCCACAUCGAAUCAAAUCCAAUAUUCAAAUUAAUUUUAGAUUAUCUCAAGAAGAUCUGUUGCGACUUGACUCUUUAGGCAAAGCUAACAUGAAAUACGCAUGGGAUCCUCAUUGUAUUGCAUGAAACAGGUUUUCUUCAGACUAAUUUCGAGUAUCUGAUCUUGCUUGAUUGCUUGAUCAGUGUUGAAAUUACGUUUGAAAAUAUUGAAUACUGAAUUUCGUGGAUUUCGUAAAGUAAAUGGUCUCUGUCCUUUCCUAUGCUACGAUCUUCGAUGUACUUAUUUGUAAAUUAUUAUAAUUAAGUAUGAUAUGUUUCAUACAAUACGGUAAUAAUUGAAUCAUUGUCUUCAUAUCGGGUAUGGCUAUAAAGUGACAAUUUAUGUCCAAUUAUCUUCAUCUAUCGUAUGAUCUAACAAUAUAUAUGUAUAAAGCUUGUAUAAAGAACAAAAUACCUUAUACAUGUUAUGUAAUUAGAGUUAAGUAUUAGAAGAAGCAAAACCCAGGACUCAAGUGAUGUUAUUCUUUAAAUACGAACAAUAAAAAGUACUAGGCAGUAAAAUAUAUUUUAGAGAUGUGGGCUUCUUGAAAUGCGGUCGAAUUGUGGUCGAAUGCAUUAUUUUAUCGGCAAUGGUGUUUCUAUGUAACCCCUAUAAGAUAAUAAUGGUAUGUAAUUUACGAACAUUAAUGUAGUCCUCUCAUUAUUGAACUUUGGCUUAGUCGAGUCGCUAUUCCAUGUGGAAAUAUAAUAAGUUUUGGAGACGAGGGUGUGUAAAUUUUAUCGUCAGAACGAGUGGAGUAUAGAUAAUUGAUUACAGAUGUAUAAAGUACAGAUUAUAUUAUCUUAAGGCUACCCCACUAUUUGCUUUUACGUGAUUAUUUCUAGUUACAAUGAGCGGUAGUGCAAGGGCCGGAUUUAGAAGUCUUAGAGAUCCUGGAGCAAGUGAGGGCUUCAAAAUAGAUUUCCAAAUAAAUUGAUCCUAUUUCUAUAAAGUGUUUGAAUAAUUAAAAAAAAUUAAAUUAUUUUAAGGAUUGUAUGUAAAUAUCUAACACAAGAAUUAUACUUGCUAUUUACUGUGUCUAGAUAUCUAUUAUAUACACUAAAUUAAAUGUGUUUAAUUUACAUAGGAGCUCCGUGAUUAUAGGUCCGGGUACCCAAUCUCUAAAUCCGACUCUGGGUAGUGCUAUUCUGUAAAAAAAACAUUUGUGACUUGCUCAGUUACGCUUUUCAAGUCUAUUCUUAUAUAAUUGCUAUACUGGGUUUUUUUUAUGUAAAUAGAUCAUUGUGUCCGAUGAACCGAAUAUAUACAAAUAUCAAUUAGAGUUUAACAUCGAAUUUUGUGGUUUGAUGUUAAAUAAAGAUUAUGAAAAAGAUGCUAAAAGCAAGAUAUUUUUGAAGAAACCAUGAAGCUAGAAGUUGAUGACCUUAGAAACAAGGGUAAAAGAAUUCAAAACAACUGGUAACGUUUUAAGCGUGUUGUUGUUGACAUUGUGCAACGCUCAGCAUAUCCUUGUAAAAACGCCUUUAAACGCUACGGUUAUACACAUUCUAAAAGGAAACUGGCAUUUAUUUUCAAAUGAUUAAUUUAUAAUAAAUGUUAAGGAUAUUAAUAAUAUUACAAUAAAUCUUCUUGGUGUAUUAAA